GUGUGGAGUUACGGUAUCGUCAUGUGGGAGGUGAUUUCAUACGGAGAGAGACCCUACUGGGAGAUGUCCAACCAGGAUGUGAUCAAAGCAAUAGACGAGGGCUACCGUCUCCCUGCUCCCAUGGAUUGUCCUGUGGUGUUGCACCAGCUCAUGUUGGAUUGCUGGGAGAAAGGGCGCAGCGACAGGCCAAAGUUUGGACAGAUUGUCACAAUCCUGGACAAACUCAUCAGGAACCCGGCCAGUCUCAGAGAGCUGGCCAACAGCUCAGCAUGCAGGGAGGACCCGUCCACUCCAGAGUUCAGCGUGAGCACAGUGGAUGAGUGGUUGGAGGCCAUCAAGAUGGGCCAGUAUAAGGAGAACUUUUCCAGUGCUGGAUAUGUCAGCUUGGACUCUAUCCUUUACAUCAGUGUCAGUGAAUUAGCUAAGAUGGGGGUGUCCCUGGCCGGCCACCAGAAGAAGAUUUUGUCCAGUGUGCAGAGCCUGCAGACCCAGGGGACGCACGUCCAAGUAUAACAGUUUCCACAUAAACACACAGUGAAACAGAGUCAAACUGGAUGCUCCUGUGAAGAGUUUCCACGCUGACAUGGAGCUGUAAUGGAUACUCUGUGCUUGGGCCUCCAUUGAUUAUGAGACACACUGAGAUGGAGACAACAUGGACGCUUGACUCCUUCACCUUCUCGCAGUUUCCCCCCCCAUUCUUCUUCCCAUGCUCGAUGGGCACUACUGGCUUUAGCACUCAGAGUCCCAGCAACACGAUCACCAUUAUGGAGCAACAGAAAGACACAUUUCCAACAACAAGGCCACACUUAGAGCAUCCCAGACCGUUUCACAUCAUAUCAGUUCAACAAAACGAGAAAAAAAAAAGACUUUUAACAAAAGAAAUGACAAAAAAAAAACAAAUUAGAAUAUAAUUAUCAUCACUGUCUGUGAGGUGUACAGUUGGUUUUUACUGUCAUUUUGUUUGUUUUGACUUUUCACCUUGAAGAGUUUAAAAAGGGUCAGAAGAUAUGUAUGUGUAGAUAUGUGUAGAUAUAUGUUUAUACGGGCUGUGUGUCCCACAACCGUAGAGAUGGACCUAACGUUUGUAUUGGUGGCGAGGUUUAUAUUGCUCAAACCUAACAGGAGUUAUUACCCAGUACAUAAAUGGCCCCUUCCAUUGCUCUCUGUGUACAGAAAGUCAAUGACUGAGCCGAGAUUCUGAAUGACAUGAAUGUGUGGGGAGAGGGGAUCAGAAAAACUGGACCUUUAAAGAUAGAGAGGGAUGUAGAUUUUGCUAGCUUAUUUAGGAUGGAAGUAUGAUUUGUUUAAAUAGUGUAUUUGAUCUGGACAAGGGCUUCCUUAGCGACUGCUCUCAGAAAUACUUCCAUAGCAACUAGACCCAGUGCACCAGUCUGCUUGCACUUAAAUUGUAACUGACUGCAAAGAAACUGCUUCAGGUGCAGUUAACACAGAGUAAAUUUUACUCUGCCACUUCUUUUUUUUCCCCCAGACAACAUUGUCUGUUACAGAUGAUACAGUAUGAUGUUGUCAAGAUUAUCUCAGCCCAAAAGUUUGCCUUCCCAUGUUUCAGGUGUGUGAAGAAAGUUAUAGUGUUUUGUGUAGAGCAAAAGUGACACAAAGGUCAUGAUAGAGUUGACACUGUUAAAAACGUGUUUUUCCAGUGUUGUGCCAUGUACAGUAACCUUGAGAGAUGUUCAUCUAGCCAACAUACCACCAUUCCGACUGUAUGCUUUUCUUUCAUCAGUUCCCAUGGCUGGAUGGUUACACAAGGCCAGUCACAAUAAUUACAGUGUUUUGUGUUUUCCAAAUAGUCUGCUCGAUGAAAAGGAGCAUUGGAAUGGAGCCUUUUUCAGCAAGAUGAAAUAUACGCAGUGUUGAUUUUCAGCUGUGCCACCGCAAGAGGGGAAACUUGACUUGAUUUGUCUGCCUGGUACUGUCUCACUUUCUUGUUAUCAGUCAUGCCAACCUAUUUCGAGCAUCACGUGUUUCAAACCAGUAAAUUUACAAAACAAUGUUUACAGCAAGAAGCAAAUAAAUGUGUUUGUUGGUUUUUUUCCUUAACAGAAGGAAACUGCUGCUUAUCACAUUCAAUGCACAGUUCGAUAUGAAGGGACCCUCAUUGUGUACACUGUAUUAAUGGCACUGAACCUGCUUUUAGUGUAUUCCCAAACCCAGUUUUAAUAUAUGUGGUACUCUAUAGGACCAACAGUGGCAUAAAGUACAGUAUAUAUGAUUGUAUCAUAGUGUAAAAUAUGUACAGCGUUGAUUUCCAAUGUUAGAAUGUUUGUAAUGAUAACAAUGAUGAUGACUAUGAUGUACUUUUAUUGUGAAAAAGAGAUUUCUGAAGUACUAGUUCAGGGUCGGGUCAUACAGGAGAAAAGUGAAGGGAGGUGAUUCGUUGGUCUGAACAAAGGAAUGUAGCAUGGUGCAAAGUUUCAGCUUUGAUGGACAGGUGACAGUGACUGCAGUUUCUACUAUAGCGUUAGAAUGAGUAGAAUGGACUUUCGUUAUCGAUACACUGGCUUCAUGUGCAUAUCCACCUUAAACAGUAAUGACAAGCACUUUUUAACCCUGUCUCUGCUUACAACACAGUUUUUAAAAAGUUUGGGAGAGGGAGGGAGGGAGGGAGGAGGAAUAAAAUAAGGGAACUCAAACUUCUGAUAUCACAAACUGAACACUGGCUAAAGCUUAGCUUAACAAAGGAGACCUAGGCUCAGCAGAUCGGCAUUUCUCCGCAUGCUGAAGUGGUGUGCAUGGAGUGACAGUAAGAGCAUUUAAAGAGUUUAAAGGGCGGUGUUAUUUUGUUCACCUUCCCGAAACCAAAACACAAGCGCAAAAGUGUAAGGAAUGGAUUACACAGCAUCUUUAACUGCUAUUUUAAGCUGCAACUGUUAGCAUGUCUGCUAGCUUUGCAAGUAAGUGUUACUUCCAAGGUCGAGCAUAUCAUCUACUAACUAGCUUAGAGUAGGUACUUUGGCUACAGUUCGUGUCAAAACCAGCACAUGAAAACAAAUAAAUAUGAAACAAGUCGCAAGUCUUGAAACAUCCGAAAGGCAGUCUAAAGACAACUUUUUUAGCUAAUUAAUUAGGCUAAUGUUAGCUUAAACAAUUAGCAACUACAGCUGACAAAAUCUGCCUGUUAUAUCUGUAACUUAAGCCAGUAUUUUGCUAGCUUGAAAUAAGAAGUCUACCUCUGUGAGACAUCUGGGACCCAUUGUUAUGAAAAUACAUUUUUUAGAGAUAAAUCUGCCACCAUUCUUGCCAAUGGCACAGCAUGUGCCAUGUGAGAAUAGAAAUCUUGACAGGCAUAGCAACAGUUACCAAUGGGCGGGGCUUAAUCUACCAAUUGGGGCGGAGCCAAAGAUGCUAGAACAAUUAAAACUUUAACCACAAUAAUGCCUUUUACUUGUGUUUUUUUGUCCUUUUGUUUUAGAAUCGGUAAAAUAACAGUUAAUAUGUUUCAAUGCAGAACAUUUACAAUAACAUAAUCUGUAGAUUAAUUGCUCUUGCAAGCCAGGUUUGCUGUUUUGCCACAUAAGCCACAGAUAAGAACACAAAUUAGGAGAGUCUGAAACUGUUCAUUCUACUCUUGCUAACUCUAUGAUUUCACUCUAGCGGACUACCCAUGACCGCUGGCCUUUUUGAUGCCUUAUUUACCGAGCUAUUGUUCUUUUCUGUUGCCCUAUAGAGGCGAUAUUAAGAGUAAAGUGUAUAUACAGGUAGUAUUUAUCUGUGUUCUUAAGGUGACCUCACAUCAACACCCUGAUUCUGUCACAUCCCAGACGCCCCCCUCCAACAGUACCGCCACUUUGAUUCCUUUAAGCAAAAGAAAGGGAUUUUGUUUUAAAAAUAUAACUUUAAAUCGUACAUCCAAUGACCUGUAGAAGUUGAUGGAGAACAUGACAGUAUCGUUGGUAUUUAUUUGCAAAUUAGGGAUGUGAUUGGCUCACAGUUGGAUCAUUUUGGUUGCAUAAUUCGACGUGCAAAACUCUUCUUAAAUUUUAAGGUUACAACAGCAUUGCAUACUGCCUGAAUAAUAACGGUGAAUUGUGACAAUGUCCUCCCUUUUGCUAUUCAUCACUUCCACUCUAGAAAGUUAUGUCAUACAUCCACUUUAGGUUUCAAUUUUAAAAUCCCAGGUUUCUGUCACUUUUUCACCCUGUCAAGGUUAGCUAUGUGGGCUGGUUUGCUUGAUCUCAAAUGCAGUGUUUGUUUCCAUUUCCCACCAGGUCCGUAUUGUAAAUGUUCACAGGAGAUUCUCAUUUGAGACUUUCAGCUCUGUCUCUCUUUGUCCUCCUCUCUCUCUCUCUCUUUCUUUAGCCACCGUACAAUGCUUAUUUGUCCCCAUGCCAGUUUCCUCUGCGUUGCUUGUUGUAAAGGGUGUAGGCAAUUCUAAUGUCUUUCAUGUUGCUGUAAUAAAUAUGCUAAUAUUUCUAAUUUCUCA